AUGGCCACGUUCCCUGUGACGCUCCGGGCAGCGCUGUCUGGUCACACCCUCGCCGAGGUCGAGGUUUAUGCUGAUGACACACUGCAAGCUUUGCGUGCUGCUGUGCACUCACAAGAAGGAGGUUGUAUGCUGCGCUGCGACUUCCUGUUUGGUGGCAAGGUGCUCCUAGAGCACGAGCUCUUGGGAAAUGCAGGCGUGCAGCCUGGAGGCGUGGUGGACGUCCUCCGGAGUCCGGGGCCGUGGCUCGCGGCGGCGUGUGCCGAUGGCGCGGCCAGGCUUUGGGACUUGAGCUCGGGCGACUGUUUCAAAACGCUCCAGGGAAACGGUGCAGGUCUGCGCAAAGUCGUCCUGCUUGCCGACCAGCAGCAUGUGUUGACUGGAUCGGAUGACGGCACUGCGAUUCUCUGGAACUUGGGAGGAGCCGGUCAUCGAACCCUUGCUGAUCAUGGGGCCUGCGUCACAGAGGUCUCCGCAUCGCCAGACAGCAGCCUGGUGCUGACCAUUGCUCACGGCGAGCUGCGGGUGUUUCGAACCGGCUCUGGGGAAUGCAUAUGGGCUCUGGAUGAUGAGUACAUUCUCCAUGCCUGCUUUGCGCCCAACUCUGCAGAAGUUCUGGUUGCAUCGAGCACUCAACUUCGGCUUUGGUGCCUGAAGGAGCUGCGAGAAAGCGCCCGGCUUCAGGGACACGGGGCAGCGGUUCUGGCAGCGACCUACUCAAGGGAUGGCCGCUUGAUCUUGUCUGCUUCAAUCGACCGCACCGCUCGUGUUUGGGAUGCCAAGAGCGGGGCGUGCCUUCACAUUCUGUCCGGGCAUUUGGACUCCGUCAGAGCACUCAGUGUCUCUGCAAGCGGCGAACUCCUGGCCACAGCAUCUGGAAUCACGGCACGUGUGUGGUCCUCUGCGACUGGGGCAUGCGAGAGAACCAUCAACAGCCACCCCGGCACUAUCUAUGCGCUGCAGUUUUCUGCGGAUGCCCGGAUCCUGCUUGUCGCCUUCGGCUGUGGGCGAGAAGUGUUUGCUGGCCCUGCCAACAGCGGCGUGAAGCUGUGGUGCACACGAUCCGCGGAGUGUAUGGUCACCUUGCUACCAGGCGGGCUUGUGAUCGCGGCGGCCCUUUUGUCGGAUGCUUCCAGGGUGGUCACCGCCUGCUCGGACCGCGCAGAGCUUUGGGAUGCUGCAACAGGAGAUCGGUUGCUGAGGACACGGGAUCAGUGGCUGGACUGGGCACUUCCAGGCCCGAUAUACAGUCGCGUGACGGGCAAGGCGCCAGGCUCCAGCAGGAAGAUUGGCCUUGUCGAUGACGAGGACGACGGAGAUGUUUCGGAAGAUGAGGAGGCUGGAAAAGCGAACUGCAAUGCAAUGAAAUGCCCUGCAUUCCUGAAGUUUGCGGACCCGCCCAGUGAAGUGGAGAAACGCCUUCUUCGAAGGCAGUUCUUUCCUUCCAAAGUGGGUGGGCGGCCGGCCUGGCUGAUCCCAGCGAAUCUGCCCGGAGAAGAGGAGCUUGCCUGCCUCAGGUGUAGCUCGCGAAUGCGAUUCCUGAUGCAGAUCUACGCGUCCCAGGGUAUGCGCAAGGAGUCUUGCUUUCAUCGGACCCUUCACAUCUUCGUCUGCACGAAUUGCCAGCCGAACGAGGUGAGAGUUUUUCGGGCUCAACUGCCGCGAGACUGCCCAUACUACAGCUACGACGAGCCAGACAGGGAAGCCGCCAUUCAAAACGAACCUUUGCCGGAUGCCGAAUUGGAGGCCCUGUGCUGCCCUCAUUGCGGCCUCGCUUCUGGCAAGGCACCGGAGCUGUGCAGCGACUGCGAUAGGCGGGCGAGAAACGGAGAUCCACCGGUGCCCUUUGCCGAGUUCGAGGCCUGGGUCGGCUCGCCCUUCACUGGCAAAGUUGUGAUCCGUCGGGACAUCAAUCGCGUUGAGCACUUGGCCGUGCUCUGCGAGGCUGUCACAGCCAGGUAUGGACAGGAGGCCGAAAUCCUAGAUGAUGGGCGCACCAUCUUCGUUUCCUUGGAUGACGAGAUUGCGUUUGGAGUUGUCCCGCGGCCCAACAUGGCGCCGCUGGCAGUAAAUGUUUGGCGGCUUGCGAGCAAGAGGAAAGCCGCGUCCCAGUCCUUGCGCAAGCCGAAGGAGACAAAAGCCAAAGCCACGGAAAAGCCGAGCAAGCAGCGCGAGGUGGCGCCUCAAAAGGGGGCGAAGUGGCAGGCAAAGAACAAGGCCGAAGCUCCUGCACCUGCACCGGCGAGCAACGGCAAGGCACCUUUGCGGAUGCUCGGCCUUGUCCAGAGGCCGAACAAGAAGACGGGUCGCUAUCAAGUGAUCUGCCAGGACAUCUCAGAUGUCUACGGACAGGAUGCUGAAAUAGCAGCAGAGGAGGUGCCGGAUGACCUGAAGCCGGGAGAUCGAGUGUCCUUCACAGUCGAAGAGCCCAAGCACAAUGCUGCCACGAUAUGGGCGCGGAAUGUGAAGGUCCUGGCAGCUCGAGGCGUGAAGCGGCACAGGCCAGUCACUGCUGGAGAUGGCGAGGAGUUGGAUGGACUGGAGGAGCUGGAGGUGCAGGAGUGCGAUGGGCCAAGCUUGUUCAUGGCAGAGGAGCCAGCUCCACCAGCCGAAGAGGAAGCACUCCUGGACUUCCAGGGGGGCCUCUACGACGACGACCCGAUCGCGGACUCGAUUGAGUUUCUGCAGGCCGAGCAGUGUCCCGAGACACCCACACCGAAGCCACCUUCCACACCAGAGGAGUGGCAGCUGGCUCAGGCCCGACUUUUCGGCGCUUUGCCCCCGCUCAAACCGAACUGGAUUCGAAUCCGAGCCAAGUCGACGGGCAAGGUUUACUACUACAACAUGGUUUCGGGCCAUUCGACGGCUGAUAUAUCCGUCUCGGCAGCGAAUGUUUCGGACGAUGAGGAGGAGGAGCCGGCAACUAUCGAGACUAGCGCCGCAGAACGGCGAGCCGAGGAGGAUGGCAACAAUCCCGAUGCCUACGCAGCGGCUGUUCAGGAGACUGCAGACGCUGUGCAAGGCAUUCAAGUGACCGAUCGGGACAAGAAGGACACAGAUGCCUUGGCAAAGCUCAAAGCGUACCAGGAGAUGGUUCGAGAAGACCCCGAGGCUGCACUGGACAAGUUCGGUGCCAGUUUCGCAUCCGAGUGGGUUGAGGAGCACUCAGUGAAGGAUCCAGUGUUCGCUCGCUUCCAACGCUUCCACGAGGAGAAUAAGAGUCACGUCCUGCGCUACCACCUGCAGGGUGUUCCGAGAUGGUUCUGCAGGCACCGGCAGCUGGAAGGUGAAGCUCCCAUGUGCCACUGCGGCGGCUCACGCAUCUUCGAGUGCCAGGUUCAGCCAAUGAUCAUCUCAUUGCUGGCAGGUGAUGAGCCUCUAGUAUCUUGGGUCACGGGGAUUUUCUUCGAGCCUCCGGAGUUCUGUAAAGACCGGCGACGCGCGAAACUUGGAAGCUACCUCCGGUUGAAGAGCGCUGGUGCCUCCGCUGUUACCGUUCCUGGGCUCUUCAAAAUCUUCAAAAACUCGGAUUGUACCUAUCAGUUCGAGAAUCCCGACUUAUGGGAGAUGUUCCUAGAUGCUGAUGCUUUGGCCAAAGCAACGGCCAAAGCUUUAUCCUACAAACUCAUCGUCAAAUUUCAGCCUUUCCUUCAGAGGGCGGUUGCCGUCCAGGCUCGCCCCUGCAAGAUCGCUUGGACUUCGGCACGAUCUGUAUCUACUCUUGUGAGGAAAGCUGCGAUGAUCCUGAGCGAUCAUAUGUCGAGGAGUUUGCCUACGUGCAGCCCGAACCUGUUUCGGAGUGGAUCCCGGCGUGACAAGGCGGACCAGGUGUUGCUGCAGGAGGAGUUCGCCUACUUCGUAGACCACCAGGGUGAGCUGGCACCUCGCGCUGAGGUGCAAGGGAUCACGCGCACUGAGCAUGCCGGCCGCUGA